AUGGCGGACUUGGACGACGAGUUUGCACGCUUUACAGCGGAGAUCCAGUCGCUAGAGCAGAUUAAACCCACCAACGAUGACGAAAAAAUAGAAGCCAUAUCUGGAGGUGCCCAGAUUGCGUUAAAGAAAGCCAAGAUUGGCCUUACCGCGCCGCCAAAGCCCGAGGUUGUCAUGGCUAAGCCCAAAAUCUACAUGGCCCCGCCACGCCCAGCUCCAGUGAAGAGAACUGAAGACAACGCAGAACUUGACGACGGAAGAUCUCGAUUGCUCAACACACUGGAAGAUGUGGCAGCACAUCGAGGAGCACUCAGCGGAUUCCCAGUCGGCACAACGGGGGAACACGCAGCCACCGUGUCGAAGAGUUUGACGUCUGCCAGUUUCAGAUCGAUGGAGCCUCGACUGGACAUGGAGACGGGAUGUAUGCUGCCAAUAGCGGAGCAGCAGAUGAUGAACAGACAGCAGAGCGUCUACGCGUACGACCCCAAGAGAACAGCAGCCAGUAUCGCCGCAAAAGAUGGCGCUGCACGGGGAAAGAAACCCAAGCGAAACCUGCGACUUGCAGGCGGUCAAGUUUGGGAGGAUCCGACACUGGAAGAAUGGCCGGACAACGACUUCCGUCUAUUCUGCGGAGAUUUGGGCAACGAAGUGAGUGACGAGCUGCUGGCCCACAGUUUCUCCCAAUACGCGUCGUUCCAGCGCGCUCGUGUGGUACGGGACAAACUGACACACAAGUCCCGUGGAUACGGAUUCGUUAGUUUUGCCGACCCGUUCGACUGCGCCAAAGCCCUGCGUGAAAUGAACGGGAAAUAUAUCGGAAACCGACCUGUGAAACUUAGUAAAAGCAAGUGGCAGGAACGCAACAUGGACGUGGCCAAGAAGAAACUGCGCAAGCGUAAGCGUGACAAGCACCAUCUCUUCAACUGA